UCUCUUCUUCUGAUGUAUACUCAUUGUAGAUAGCAGUAUCUCAGAAAGAGACAGCCCACUCGCUUUAACAUCCCCCUUUUUGAAGACGUUCUCCAUUUUCUAGUGCUUCCGUGUAUCUUAGGCUCAUUUUUUGUCAAGAAAAUAUGUCGAAUUACGUUCCAGUAAGAUUGGCAUAUAAGACUGUUGAGCCUGUAAGUGGUGCCGGUGACAAACCACCGAUUAUUUUUUUGCAUGCUUUAACAGCUUCCAGCGAUUGCUGGUUGGAUAUCCCUCAAACAAUUGCCAAUGCAACGAAACGAAAGAUAUACCUACUGGAUGCCAGAAAUCAUGGUGACAGCGAAUGGUCGGAUGAGUUCAACUUAGAUAUUAAUUCCAUUGAUUUAGUGCACUUCAUGGACACAUUGAACAUUCCCAAAGCUGUUUUACUCGGACAUAGCAUGGGAGGAAUAACAGCAAUAAGAACAGCUCUUGUGGAGAAAGAGAGAGUUGAGAUGAUUAUAGUAGAAGAUAUGACAGUAAGAAAAUUUCCGAAAGCUGUAAUGGAGAUGAUGCCCAAGUCUCUAACGUUAAUACAACAAGCUACUGAACAAAUACCAACAGAUGUAGAUGAAAAAGGUGCUAAAAAAUUUAUCUUUGACUACCUUUACAAUCAGUUACCUGCCGAAGGUAAAGAGUUGCUUAAAAGACGUGGCGAUGACGACCAUAUACUUACUUCACUGAAACGUAACCCAGAUGGUCGUUACAGCCUUAAAGCUAACAUCAAAGUAAUGCUAGAUGCAAUAAAGAAUACAGAGACUUCAAUAUCUGAACCAAAAGGUGUUUAUGACGGUCCAGCCUAUUUCAUUUAUGGAACGUUUUCUCCUUUCGUUGG